GAUUUGUUAUCUACUCCUGGCAGUAGAGUUAAACAACGAUGCAGUCUUAGUUGGAUUUUUACAAACUCAGCUUUAUUUGUCCUUCCUUCCCUCCGAGCUUCGACUCGGAAUUCGGAAAUUCUGAACGGUUGGCCGAUUCGUAUAACUGUCCUUAAGUCAGUCAGCAAAGAAUAUCGGUCGGGCAAGAUCUAGAAGUAUAGAUAGAUAUAUAUAGUGAUAUAAUUAUGUCGAACAACUCAAACGCCGUAGCGAAUGGGCUGGCCGGAGCAGGAGGUGGUAUCAUUGCUCAGAUUAUCACUUAUCCCCUCCAAACGGUGAAUACGCGUCAACAAACAGAGAGAGUAGCCAAGAAAGGGUUACGUAAUUCCCAUGGGAACUUGCCCACUUCCAAAAAACCUCCACCUGGCACGCUUCGUCAAAUCCUCCAGGUCCUUAGAACUGAAGGUUGGGGAGGACUUUAUAGUGGCCUUAAGCCUUCUCUGUUCGGAACUGCUGCUUCACAGGGAAUUUAUUACUAUUUUUAUCAGGUUUUCAAAAACAAGGCAGUGGCCAUUGCAGCUGCCCGUAGAGAUAAAGGACGUGGGGAUGGUACUGUUGGCAUGUUCUCUUGGCUUGUUGUGGCAGCUAUUGCUGGCUCCUUGAAUGUGUUGUUCACAAAUCCUAUCUGGGUUCUUGUGACUCGUAUGCAGACACACACUCAAGCUGAAAGAAAGAUUAUGGAGGCAAGAAGGGUGGCCAUAUUGAUGGAAGGUUCUGAAAGUGGUUUGAUAGACUCAACUUUGCAAGAAAAAUUGGCUGAACUUGAUUCAGAAAAACCUUGUCCGUAUGGAACUGUACAUGCGGCACGUGAGGUUUAUAACGAAGCAGGAAUUACUGGAUUCUGGAAAGGAAUUGUUCCAACACUUAUUAUGGUGUGCAAUCCUUCAAUUCAGUUCAUGAUUUAUGAGAGCUCGUUAAAACAUCUAAGGGCAAAGCGUGCUACAAACAAGCAGGGAUCAACAAAUGUAGCUGCUUGGGAGGUUUUUCUAUUAGGGGCCAUUGCAAAGCUGGGAGCAACUGUCUCAACGUACCCCUUGUUAGUUGUCAAGUCGAGGCUGCAAGCAAAGCAGGAGAUUGGUGGGAAUAUCUCAUUAAGAUACUCAGGUACUCUUGAUGCAAUCAUUAAAAUGAUCCGCUAUGAAGGAUUGCCUGGCUUUUACAAGGGAAUGAGCACUAAGAUAGUACAGAGUGUUUUUGCAGCUUCUGUACUUUUCAUGAUCAAGGAGGAACUUGUCAAGGCAUACAUGCUGCUAGCACAUAAAAGCCAGAAAGUAAUAUAUAGCUUAAAGAAAUGACCACUUCACUGAGGGAUAACUCUUGUCCUUGUGGUUUUCCUCUUUGUUUACAAGUUGCUCCAAUAGUGACAGAGGGUUUUAUUUUUUAAAUAUUAUUUUUUUAAUAGGAAAAAGUGAAACAAAAAAUAGUGAUGGAGGUUAUUAUAAAUCCAUGAUGCACAAAUUGGCACUAAAGGCCUGUCUGAAGAUGGUGCACCUAAUGACACUUCAUAUUUUUCUCUUUUUGUAUUAUUUUUCCUUUUUCUCCUUUCACCCUUUUUUUCAAAUGAUGUCUAGUAAUGUAAUCUGGUUACUAUGUUACUUGGGACAAAUUGAUUUUGAAGUUAAACUAUGGAACUAGUGAAAUUAGUUAUGGACAAUGCGAUUUAAUGAUAUUCAAUUUUAGGGAUGAUUCAACCAUCAGAAUUU